UGACGGCAGCGCUGAGCGUCAGUCGACUCCUCCUGCAUUCCCACACGCUGGAGAGGAGGACGACAUGUCCCGCGCGCCCCUCCUGGUUCGCUCGUCGCCUGCGUUAGGCACCGGCUCGUAUGGCGGCCUUCCCGUCAUGUCCUUCAGUUCCAGCGCAGGCAACUCAGACAUAGAUGAAGAUGCAGCUGCCAAAGCUGCACAGAAUCGUGCCCGCCGGAAGGGCAAGAGCAAACUCAGACACAGCGGUUCUGCUCUCGGAAGUUCUGGCUCCGCUAAUCGCGAUGACGUCGACAUCUCAAACCAUCUUACUCCGCGCCAGCGCAGAAGUCAAAAGCGGUCGACCCCGGCCACCGCCAGCCACGAACGGGAUGCAGCAAUACACGACGCCCUCGAAGGGCACCAGGAAUCUGGACUGGAGCCAAGAUUCACCUCCGGUGCUGCUCCGCCACCGGUAGCCGGCAUUGGGGGUCGAGUCUUCGACGGCCUCCAAUCAUCCUCUGGUAGCAGUGUUUUCAACGAUGCGCCAAGCGAAGGCGACAGCUAUAGUGAAAGUGACGGGCCUAGUGAAGAAGACCUCCACGACCACAAAGUGCCAGGUUACCCCAAGGAUGACUCCCCAUAUGCUCUCGUGCGAGCAUCUGUACCUGCUACAGACGACACCGCCCUCUCCAUCAGCACACCUCGCAUGUGGACCCUGUCCAUUUUCUUUGCUAUUCUCGGCUCAUCUACCAAUUUGUUCUUCUCUUUAAGAUACCCUAGCGUCAGCAUCACUCCCAUUAUUGCCCUUCUGCUUGCCCACCCCGCCGGCCUUAUCUGGGACUCAAUUCUCAAAAGAGCGGACGACCCAGCCGAGACAUUUGUGAACGGCUCUCUUGAGACUCGACACUACAUGUCGAGUGACUCUACCUUCCAGAAUGGAACUCACUCUCCUGGCUCUGACAGACGAGCCACUUCGGCCGUGUCCGAUGUCUAUUUACUAUCCUCGCCUACGCGGGUCGCAUGGAGGAGGAGAUUACGGCUCUGGCUGGCGCAAGGACGAUGGAAUGAGAAAGAGCAUAGUUGUGUUUAUAUUGCUAGUAAUGUUUCUUUUGGCUUUGCAUUCGCAACAGAUGUCAUUGUGGAGCAAUCUCAGUUCUAUCAUCAACCGCUUGGUGUCACGUACCAGAUUUUGCUCACCAUUUCAACCCAAGUGUUAGGAUAUUCUCUCGCAGGACUAACCCGUCGUUAUCUUGUGUGGCCAAGCGGAAUGAUCUGGCCCUCAACAUUAAUCUCAUCGGCCAUGUUUUUCACUCUUCAUAAGGAGGAGAACAGACCUGCCAAUGGAUGGACAAUCAGCCGGUCUGGUUUCUUCUUCAAGGUGUUUUGCGGAGCCGUGCUUUUCUAUUUCCUUCCAGGACUCCUGAUGCCGGCCCUCAGCUACUUCAGCGUGAUAACGUGGUUCGCUCCCAAGAACGUUGUUGUUGCCAACCUCUUUGGAGUCGCAUCUGGCCUUGGCCUUUUCCCAUUAACAUUCGAUUGGUCUCAAAUCGCCUAUAUUGGAUCUCCACUUGCUGUUCCAUUUUGGGCAGCCUGCAACAUCCUUGGAGGGCUCGUCGUUGUGAUGUGGAUUAUUGCGCCAAUCAUGUAUUACAAGAACGUCAUGUUCUCUUCUUACAUGCCUAUUCUCUCUUCAGCCGUCUUCGACAAUACUGGAAAGCCAUACGAUGUAAGUAGGAUAUUGACCAAAGAUUUCUUAUUCGACAGCGAGGCAUACCACAACUACAGUCGAGUCUUUUUGCCUAUAACAUACGCCCUCAGUUAUGCGCUUCAGUUCGCAGGCCUGGCUGCUCUCAUCUCACACACAGCUCUAUGGCAUGGCAAGGACAUCUGGACUCAGUGGCGCAAAUCGAUGAACGAAGUUUCGAGCAAUGGUGAUACUAGGUACGAGCCGUUGCCUACAAUUGGUAAUGGUGCAAAUGGAAGCCAUUCAAGACCUCGUAGCUCUUCGGAGCCAGGGCUAGAGAACCUACUUAGCUCCGAGGACAUCCACAAUCGGCUGAUGAAGAAGUAUCCCGAUGUUCCCAUUCUCUGGUACGUCCUGAUAGGAGUCAGUAUGUUAGCCAUUGGUAUCUUCAUCGUGGAGUACUAUCCCAUCCACCUCCCGUGGUACGGACUCCUUCUCGCCCUCGGCAUCGGCGCAAUCCUCUUCAUCCCCAUCGGCAUCGUCAUGGCCAUCACCAAUCAACAAAGCAGCAUCUACCUCAUCUGCCAACUCAUCUGCGGCGUCCUCUUCCCCGGCCGGCCCGUCGCCAACAUGCUCUUCACCACCUACGGCUACAUCUCCUCGACCCAAGGCCUCAAAUUCUCCUCGGACCUCAAACUCGGUCACUACAUGAAAAUCCCGCCCCGCACCCUCUUCGCCCUCCAAAUCACCGCCACCCUCAUCUCCAGCAUCACCCAAAUCGGCGUGCUCAACUGGAUGCUCGCCAACGUCCCCGGCAUCUGCACCCCCUCCGCCAUCAACGGCUUCACCUGCCCGCUCGCCCGCGUCCACUUCAACGGCUCCAUCCUGUGGGGCGUCGUCGGCCCCGCGCGCUUCUUCGGCCCGGGCGCCCUCUACCGACCGCUCAUCUGGGCCUUCCUGCUCGGCGCCGUCGCGCCCCUCGGCGUCUGGCUGCUCGGCCGCCGCGACCGCCGCUCCGUGUGGCGCAAGGUCAACCUGCCCGUCGUCUUCGGCAGCCUGAGCUGGAUCCCGCCCGCCACCGGCCUCAACUUCUCCGUCUGGGGCCUCGUAUGCUGGGUGUUUAAUUACCUCAUCAAGAACAAGAAGAAGGCGUGGUGGCGCAAGUACAACGUCACGCUGUCGGCGGCGCUGGACUCCGGGCUGGCGGUCGGCGUCGUGGUAGUGUUCUUCGGCGUCCUGUAUCCCGGGUGGAUGGGCGGGUUUAGGUGGUGGGGCACGGAGGUGUAUAAGCAGGGCUGCGAUUGGCAGGCGUGCUCGUAUAGGGAUGUGCCCGCAGGGACGCAUUUUGGGCCGGAUCGGUGGUAGGGGAGGGUUGUGGGCUAGGUUAGGUAGGGUAAGAAGGGAAAAAAGAGAAGGGAGGGUGGUGUAUGCAUCAAAGCGGAUGGAAAUGUCAUAUUAGCCCAUUGCAUAGCUAGCGUUUUUUUUUUUUUGGGGGGAGAAAUUUAAGAGGUAGGUUCUGCGCUUUUGAUAGAACGGCGUGUCUCGCAGUUACUUACUGGCUUCUGAAAUGGCUCCGACUUGCUACCUUGAAACUACGAAGAGAUGGGAAGCUUCAUCGUGUUUGUUGCGUGGGUAUUAGACGUGCUAAGGCGACUUUAAAGAACCUGUAGAGCAAGAAAAUGACAUCGUUUGGUAUUUUCUUGUGUACGUGGACAGCCCAGUAUCAGCGCCGACCCUUUCUAUAUGUACUCCUUCCCCCACUUCAGUGUUACCCAUAUGUAUAUCACAGCC